AUGUAUCCCGAGUACCUCCUGCCCUCACUCACCUCACCGCGUGGACAACCUAUGGAACCUAGCUGCACUUUGACGGGCAUCUUUGCCGCCUUUCUCGCUCUCUCUUACAGCCCGUCCAAUCCCAAUCCACGACUAUCAUUCGUAGGUACGCUACCUAACUAUGUUAGCCACCCGCCCAGAUACUGCGGUAGAGUCGAUGGAGAAACAAGUCUCGACUUUGCAGCUUUGCAGCGGGUGCGGCGUGUAAUCCAGCGGAACCACCGACAUGGUCUUUCCUCUUUGGGAAUAGCCUACUGUCCACCCGGUGGAAAUCCGGUAACUCCUCUGCCCAUGUCUCGACUCGGCCCGCCUCGGUCACACUCGCACUCCUCUGCUGCUUCUGCUACUUCUUCGUCUCUACACAGUACCAUCUUCCUCGACUCCUCGCGUGGUCCCCCUACACAUCGCCACGACCAUUCCAUUCCGUCUGGAACAUCCGCCUGGGACCGUCAGCUACGGAGGCUGUCCGUCACCCCCCCACAUGGCACCGCUUCAGCUUUGGGCUCUGGCACUCAGCUCGCAUCACGGCAGUAUUACGGGUUACCCGCCCCGUGGCCCCCUUUCUUGCUGCACCGACCAUCUACGGAUACCUACCUAUCUCGCUUUGUUCAUCAUAUUGAAAUCUCGCCCGCCAGUCUCACUUUCUCGCUGUCGAUUCUCGAGUCUCCUACAGUCCUCACCCCGUCAGCCCCAGACCAAGAAAGCUCCGCCGCCCCCUGUUGGCCAUCUGCACUCGGAUUUGCUGAUAUCAGCCCAGCUAUCCAUAAGACUGCUCUCAAUCCGAUAUCUUUCACGAACAGACACCCUGACUUCCACAGCCGAGUAAAUCUCCGAAGCCCUGCUACGCCCCGAGACUGUGGAUUAUAUGCUUCUCUAGCCUUCAGGGGCCUUUUGGCCAAUGUCAGAUAUAGGGCCUUCCGAGGCAACGAGGAGACAUCCAUCAUGCCCACCGCUCUAAUUCAAAGCCCGUAUCGCAGCGGACAGUCUCCCGGACUCAGACACGACCUAGCUUUGCCGUAUAAUCUUCCGUAUUUGGUCGGUCUCCGUGCUCCCGGUUCUUUGGUAGCGCAUUUACGGCGUUCCAUCGGCCACAAACAAGCGGCGGCGGUGGUAUCAUGCUCUGUCUUCCUCACCAUACCACCGUGGCGUAGCAAAUGUGGCUGCCAGCGCGAAAGAAAAGUGGCUCUGACGGGGCUCCGGACGUUUGAAGGCCGAUGA